AUGGAUCCCCGUCAGCAAAGAGUUCGAGGGGUGCACGUUCCCCUAGUGGAGGAAGCCCGUUCGUCUCCUGAAGAGGAACCCCGGUGUGGGAACAGCUACACAAAAUGGGAGAACAAGCAGUGGACGGAAGGAUGCUUAAAAGCUGGAGAGGAACUGGAUUGGGAAGAGGCUUCUGAUACUAGCUCGGUGGUCUUUGUUGAGGAACGGGGAGAGGUGCGCAAAAGUGGCAGCAUUGGAUGCGCGUCUGAUUUAGACGACUUUGGGGAGAACUCCGCCCUUGUGGAGACCCCCAGCGCUGAGAGACUCCAUAUGGAAGGACCAGAGGUAAUCCUUUAUCCAAAGGGGCCUCCGACAGAUGCUGGAUUUGCCACCGAGGAAUGUGAGGAAGUUGCUUAUCGAGAUGAAGGCUGUGUCGGUGCUGAAUGGAUCCAUUUUCCAGAGGAAUCGCUGGGGAGGGAGGAGUCUGAGGAGGAAGAAGCUGAGGACACUGUUUACGAGGGUGGAAAGCUAUUAGAGAAAAUGCCGGUUGGGGUUGAAGGGAAUGGAUCUGACGAAGAAGCGAUGGCGGAGUGGGCCGUGCCUGUGGAGGAGCUGGUUGCCAAGCAGCGGCCUUCGAAACCACGUCACAUCUGCAGCGAAUGUGGCCGUAGCUUGGCCAGCCAUUCGGCCCUUGUCCGUCACUGCCUCAUCCACACCGGAGAGCUCCCCUAUGCUUGCACGGAGUGCGGACGCCGCUUCCGACAGUCCUCGGCCCUCGUCCGCCACCUUCGGGCCCAUCGGGGCGAGCGUCCCUAUGUUUGCGGCGAGUGCGGCAAAGCCUUUGGAGUCCGAUCAGCGCUGGUUCGCCACCAGCGGGCCCUGCAUUCAAGCGAGAGGCCCUAUGUCUGCGGGGAGUGCGGGAAGGCCUACGCGGACCUUUCCAUCCUGACAAAGCACCAGCUCAUUCACGUCAACGGGCGGCCGUUUUCCUGUCCUGACUGCGGCCAGUCGUUCGGGCACCGCACCACCUUGACGCAGCACCGGCGAAUCCACACGGAGGAGCGGCCGUACCGCUGCGCAGAGUGUGGGCAGACCUUCCGGCAGAAUUCGGCCCUGGCGAACCACCGCCAAGUCCAUUCCGGAAAGCGCCCCUUUUCUUGCCAGUUCUGCAGCAAAACCUUCACGGGCCGGCCUACCCUCGUCCAACACCUCCGGACUCACACCGGGGAGAAGCCGUACAGCUGUCCGGACUGUGGCCGCCGUUUCAGCACCAGCUCCAACCUCCUGCAGCACCGGAGGAACCACCUCGGCGAGCGUCCCUUCGCCUGCUCCUUGUGUGGCCGCCGGUUUGCCCGACGGCCCGACCUGGCUCGGCAUUACGUCACCCACGCCGAAGGCAGUGUCCGGCCGCACCGCUGCGGGGAAUGCGGGCGGCGUUUUGUGGAACUGGCUGACCUGGAGCAACACAAAGCCACGCACCGUGGGGAACGGCCCUAUGUCUGCAGUUACUGUGGCAAAUCCUUCACGGAGGCCGCCACCUUGGCUCGACACCGCCGCUCGCACCUUCCGACAACUCAGCAGGCCUACAAAUGUGAGGUGUGCAGGCAGACGUUUGGGCAGAGCUCUGACCUCCUGGCGCACGGGCGGGUCCACAGCGGGGAGCGCCCCUACGCCUGCGCGGACUGCGGCAAGUCCUUCGGGCGCAGCUCCAACUUGUCGCGGCAUCGGCGGGUGCACACCCACGAGCGCCCGUACAUCUGUGGGGACUGUGGGAAGAGCUAUACCCAAAGCACCCACCUGAUGGAGCAUCAGAGGCAGCACACAGGCGAGCGCCCCUAUGAGUGCGCCGACUGUGGCCGCUCCUUCGGCAAGAAGGGGCAUUUGGACUCCCAUCGCCGGGUGCACCGCCUCUUGCCAGGACAUCACGACGGUGUGGCCGAGCAGCUGGUGGAAUGUCCCAGUUCUGGAAGUCCGCUGAACCAAUGA